AUGGCCUCGGCCGUUGCAAGAGCUCGCUCUCCCAUCGCGCGUACCGUGCCCAAGAUCGUAUCUGUGUUCGAACAUCUGCCGUCCCCGACUCUGGCCAAGUUUUCGCACGAACAGCGCAUCAACCUGGUCGCUCCGCCGGCCGGCCUAUCGUUCGUCGAGCUCAACCGCUGGUUCCUCACGCAGCUCGACGGAGCACACGCGGCUAUUGUAUGGCCCGCUGUGCGCUUUGGGCCCGAGCACAUCCGCACAGUCCGGACCCAGGCCGAUGCGUUCAAGGUCGUCUCGACGUUCAGCGUGGGCACGGACGCCAUCGACACGGCUGCCUGUCGUGAGGCGGGGAUCAAGGUCGGGUACACGCCGUACAUCGCGGACGACGCGGUGGCCGAGUAUACCGUGAGUAUGCUGCUGCACUACUGUCGUCGGAUGGAUGCCUUGCGCGAGUUGGUGGCCGAGGGCAAGUUUGCCCAGUCGAUGCGAGACGUUUUGCGCAAUCCUACGAUGCACUGUGGAUUUAGUCCAGCGGGGAAGGCGGUUGGGUUCUAUGGGUUUGGAAGGAUUGCGCAAAAGACUGCAGAGAAGCUGCUCCCCUUUGGCGUGGCUAGCAUUGCGUAUACAUCCUCUACCAGCAGGCCGUUUACGCAAGACAACUUCCCGCGCCUCCACGCAUUGCGAGAAACCUUCUACCCGCACACCCAGAUCACCAACGAACCCAGCCUGCACGAGCUAGCAGCUCAGACAGAUAUUCUCAUCGUGCUGUGCCCCGAAACCCCCUCGACAGUCGCCAGCGCCAACGCCAGCGUGUUUGAGCGCACCAAGCCCAACGCUGUACUCAUCAAUGUCGCGCGAGGCAGCAUCGUCGUCAAUCAAGAUCUCGAGGAUGCGUUGAGGAGGCGUCAGCUCUCGGCUGCUUUGCUGGACGUCGUUCAGGGUGAACCUCACAUCGACGCUUCUCAUCCUCUUUUGGCUGAGGACCUCAACGAUCGUGUUCUGGUCUUGCCGCACGCUGCUUCGACCCUCGUCGAAACGCGAACGAUGAUGGCUGAGGUGACCGCGCGAAAUGUGCUUACACAGCUGGGGUUUGAAGAUGAACUGCCAGGCGAUCAACCUGCGCUGAUGAAGCAGCACGCAUGGACUCACUUUGCAGCCUAG